AUGGCCCAGCAAAUAAACCCCCAAGCCGCCCUCCUGGCACCGACUCCGGCUCCGGCAUCGCGGCCGCCUCUCUCCAGGCUCUCCUCCAGCCCCGGCCCGAGCCCGCAGCCCAAGUCCGGCAUCGUCGUCUUCUCAGGCGGCAGCGCCACUAACAGCCUCGUCGACGUCUUUGAAGGCGUGCGAGCGGCCAAUGCGGCGGCGACGCUGAGCUACGUGAUUCCCAUCUCGGACAAUGGCGGCAGCACGAGCGAGAUUAUCCGCGUGUUUGGGGGGCCAGGCAUUGGAGAUGUCCGCUCCCGCCUCGUCCGCCUCAUCCCCAACGACGGCAAGCCCGAAACAACCGCCAUCAAGCACCUCUUCAACCACCGCCUGCCCACCAUCUACGCCUCCGCCCGCGCAGAGUGGUUCGAAAUCGUCGAGGGCACGCACCCGCUGUGGACCAACAUCAGCUCGCCCAAGCGCGAGCUGAUCCGCUCAUUCUUCAACAGCUUCAACCUCGAGGUCGUCAAGCGCAUGAGACCGAGCAGCCGCUUCGACUUUUCCGGCUCCAGCAUCGGCAACCUGUUCCUGACGGGCGCACGGCUGUUCACGGGCAGCUUCGAGGCGGCCAUUUACCUGCUGAGCUCCAUCUGCGCGGUGCCGGAUCGCGUGGCGGUGCUGCCGGCGCUCAACACCAACUUUGCGCAUCACAUUGCGGCGGGCUUGACGGACGGGACUGUCAUCACGGGCCAGAAUGACAUUUCGCAUCCCAGUGCGCCCACGGCUGCGGUGCCUCUACCAAAUCCAAGCACAGGAGUCAACACAGGAGUCGCCACGCCGGCCCUGUCAACAAACCACGACCUCGACGAGCACGACACCAUCGAGGACGCCAACCUCCCCGGCAGCCUGCCCGCCCUGCGCCGGCCCGCCAUCACCUUCUCCAAGGAAGACGAGGAAGACCUGCCGUCGCGCAUCGCCCGCAUCUGGUACAUCAACCCCUACGGCCAGGAGAUCCGCAUCCCCGCCAACCCGCGCGUCCUCGAGGCCAUCCGCAGCGCAAGCACAGUCAUCUACAGCAUCGGCUCGCUCUUCACCUCGCUGAUCCCCAACCUCAUCCUCAAGGGCGUCGGCGAGGCCAUCGCCAGCCCGCACAUCCGCAACAAGAUCCUCCUUCUCAACGGCACGACGGAUCGCGAGACGGGGCCUUCCAGCAAUCCCUUCUCCGGGCUUGACUUUGUCGCUGCUAUUGCAAACGCCUGCGCCGAUUCACGAGGCUUGUCGCGGCCGGGCACUGACGAGUAUGCGCAGUACGUGACGCACGUUAUCUACAUUGAAGGACCCAAAAGUCCCGCGGUGGACAAGCGGGUGUUUGCGCAGCUGGGGAUCGACACGAUGAGGCUGUACGGGCCGAAAGAUGGGCAAGGCAAGGGAGGAAGAUACGAUGCAAAGGCGUUGGCGCAGACGCUGGAGAGCAUUGUUGGGCGCAAGGACAUGCGCUCGGACAGGAGCCGUCGAAACACGCUGGUUGGAUAG